AUGGCGUCUACCCAGGAGUCUGCAGAGGAUGUCGUGGACUCUUUUUUCAACGCCGCUAGUCGAUCUUUAUCGCCUCCACCCCCAGUUUCACAACUCGAGGAAGAUACAGCUAGAAUGAAGAUAUCAGCGUAUGAACCACAGUCCCUAAAUGAUAAUACCAGCAGUAUCCUCACUACUUUUCUUGAUAAUCUACCUCAAGGAGGCAAGCAAAACUUGAUACCAUUUAUCGCAACUUGCGAAGACGAUGAGAUCCUUUUUACUCUCUCUCAGCAUUUGAAAUCGGUAAUUCUUCUCUCUUUGAGAGCACGAACUACUCCAUAUGUGUCUCCUUCUCCUCUUCCCGAUGCUGAGGAUCUUGUUAAUGUCGUGUCAUCUCAAAUGACUCGGUCCAGUGAUAGAAAUUCCCAGGGCAAGCUUAAGAAGCAGUGCUUGGCGCGGGACGGCUACCGUUGCCUUGUGACUGGAGCGUACGACUACGAGUAUGCGGCUAAAAAUGCACAGGAUGACUUCCUCGAAUCCGCUGCAGACACUGAGCUCGCCCACAUCAUUCCCUUUGCGCUUGGGAAGUUUCGAAGCAAUGCUGAAGAAACUCAAAAAGCGAAAGCUUGGGCGGCGAUAUAUACUUGUUUCCCCGAUGUCCACUUUCGUACCAAUUGUUCUGCAGUGACAGUCAAUGACUACGAAAACCUGAUGGCACUGCUAGGUCCAAUCCAUGCAGCAUUUGGCAAAUUCCAGAUCGCUUUAGAACCAGCGGAUGAGGAGAACACCUAUUACCUUCGGUUAUAUCAUUACCGCCCGUAUAUGAUGCGUUUGCUUCCCGAGCCCGAUGAGAACAACGAGCGUGUUGUGAAAUUCACAAAGCACGCUGACUAUGAGCUCCCCAGCCGCGUUCUCCUUAGCACUCAUGCGGCCGUUGCAAGGAUCCUACAUGCAACUGGCAUGGCAAAAACAAUAGAUCAAAUCCUCCGUGAUCGAGAGGAGCUCAGUUGUCUUGCUGAAGAUGGAAGCACCGACAUAGGACAGAUUGCUCUGCUCGCAUAUUGA